CACAUUCUAUAAUCCAUUAUUUUGCCCGUGGCCAGCAUUCAGCCAACUUGGGUUUGUUUCAAACCUUUGCAAACAAACACCGAUACGUCUGCAAGCCAGUGGAGGCACUUGAGGUGCAGGCACUUUAUAAACGUUCCUCCAGACUUUUUCCAUCUGAUCUUUUCUUCUAACGUCCGCAAUCAUGGCGUUCUCUUGGUUCGAUGAAGUUGGGAGCAUGCCUCCGAUUGAGGUGUUUGAGCUGAACCGCAAGUUUUUGGAGGAUAAAGAUACCAACAAAGUGAACUUAGGGAUCGGCGCUUAUCGCUCUGAAGAAUUGAAGCCAUGGGUUUUACCUGUUGUGAAACAAGUGGAAAGGAGCAUCGUUGAAGAUGCCAGCAUCAACUUCGAAUAUCUGCCCAUCCUGGGGCUAGAAAGCUUCUCCUCGGCAGCCACUCGGAUGCUACUGGGUGCCGACAGUGCAGCUUUGAAUGAGAACCGGGCAUUCGGUGUGCAGACCCUCUCCGGAACCGGUGCUCUGCGUCUGGCGGCGGAUUUUCUGGCCAGUUGUGUGCCUUCAGUGACGAAGAUCGCCUACAUUUCCACACCGACCUGGGAAAACCAUCGGCUGUUGUUUUUGAAAGCGGGAUUUAAUGAGGUGCGGGAGUAUCACUAUUGGGAUGCGGAGAAGCGUGCGCUGGAUUUGAAGAAUAUGCUCAACGAUUUGAAUGACGCGCCGGAACGAUCGGUGGUCAUUCUGCAUGCCUGCAGUCAUAAUCCAACUGGAGUGGAUCCAACCCGUGAUGAGUGGAAGGAAAUAGUUAAAAUUAUCAAAGCACGCAAACUGUUCCCAGUACUGGAUUCAGCGUACCAAGGCUUUGCUUCCGGUGAUCUUGACGCAGAUGCUUGGGCUGUUCGCCAUUUUGCCGAGCAAGGUCUGGAAUUCGUUUGCGCACAAUCCUUCGCCAAGAACUUCGGCAUCUACUCGUCCCGUGUAGGCAAUUUAGUUGUGGUCACCAGUAAAGCGGAAACUGUUCCCAAAAUCAAAUCGCAGCUGACCAUCCUCGUCCGCGGCAACUACUCUAAUCCCCCCGCGCAGGGCGCGCGUAUCGUCAGCGCGGUGCUAAAUGAUGAGAAACUGACGCAGCUAUGGAAGGAGCACAUUCGCACAAUGUCCGGCCGGAUGAAAAAUAUGAGGCAGCUGUUACGCGGCAAACUGGAGGCGUUGGGGACCCCGGGCACGUGGAAUCACUUGACGGAUCAGAUUGGAAUGUUCGCCUAUACCGGUCUGACUGAGGCACAGUGCCAGCAGCUAAUUGAUAAGCACCAUAUUUAUUUGUUGAAGAGCGGGCGGAUUAACGUGUGUGGAAUUGCGCCAGGGAAUGCCGAUUAUGUGGCCAAGGCCAUUCAUGAGGUGGUCACUACGGUUAAGUAAUAACGAGAGAACAACGCUUUAGUAUUUAUUUGUUUUUAUUAUUUUGGCUUCCGCGCUUUCAUGGUAUUCGAUGGUUCUGACAUUUUGUGAUGUGUUCUGGUUUUAAUUAAUUUUAAUUUUGUUGUGACAGCUUGAAUGCUAAGACGUGGAUUUGCUCCAGGCAAGUGCCAAAAGGUGCUUUUAUUUGCUUACGAGUAUAGUAAGUACUGUACUUGCGUAAUUUAAAGUCGCGUAUUUCUUAUGUUUUCCCGGAACCGUGCUUAACGGUGGCGACGUGGCGUUAUUCCUUCAAUAAAGAAAGCGUUGCGCUUGA